AUGGCGCGGAGCCUCCGGAACUGGCUGGGCGGCUGCCUACUGGUGUCAGCAUUAGGAAUGGUGGUGCCACCUCCUGAAAACGUCAGAAUGAAUUCAGUUAAUUUCAAGAACAUUCUCCAGUGGGACUCACCUGCUUUUCCCCAGGGGGAUCUGACCUUCACAGCUCAGUAUCACAGUUAUAGGCAAUUCCAGGAUCAGUGUGUGAGCAUCAUCUUGACGGAGUGUGAUUUCUCAAGUCUUUCCAAGUACGGUGACCACAUCUUAAGAGUCAGGGCUGAAUUUGCAGACGAGCAUUCAGACUGGAUAAACAUCACCUUCUGUCCUGUGGAUGACACCAUUAUUGGACCUCCUGGAAUGCAAGUAGAGGCACUUGCGAAUUCUUUACAUAUGCGUUUCUUAGCCCCCAAAAUUGAGAAUGAACCUGAAACAUGGACUGUGAGGAAUAUUUAUAACUCAUGGGCUUAUCAUGUGCAAUAUUGGAAGAAUGGCUCCGACGAAAAGUUUGCAGUUACCGCCCAGUAUGACUUCGAGGUCCUUCGAAAUCUGGAGUCAUCCACAACUUACUGUGUUCAAGUCCGAGCGUUUCUUCCCGAUCGGAACAAAACCGGGGAAUGGAGUGAUCCUGUCUGUGGGCAGACGACCAAUGACGAAACCACCCCCACCUGGAUCGUGGCCUGUGUCCUGGCCGCCUCGGUGGUCGCCGCCUUCCUGCUGCUCCUCGGCUGCUUCAUCUUGCUGCGGUGCAUUUACAAGAAGACCAAGAACGCCUUCCCCCCCAGGAAUUCUCUCCCACAGCACCUGAAGGAGUUUUUGAGCCACCCCCAUCACAGCACCCUUCUCUUAUUCUCCAUCCCACUGUCUGAUGAGAAUGAAGUUUUUGACAAGCUGAGUGUCAUCACAGACAUGUCCGAAAGCCACAAGCGGAAUUCUGGGGCCGGCUGCAGCCUCGGGGCCCAGUGUGGGCAGGGCUCCUUCGAGCUCGUCUCCCAGGAGGGAACACCGUCAGCCGGGUGCAGCGACCCCUUCCUUCUCACGUCUGCCUCUGAGGAUGAUCAGAGGGACCAGUAUACAAGGGACGAGGCCACCUGA